AACUUUCGAACCCGAUUGCGCCCGGCACGCUUCCGAGGCGUCGGGAUGCGUCGCGUCGGCGCAGCGUCAUCGACGCCGACUCCGACGUCUCGUGCAGGUCGAAGCACCCCUGCUCGAUUCACCCCUGACGAAAACUGACUAGGACGCCAUGUCGACGUUCACCCCUAUAGUUCGUCCUCGUUGCCACCCCCGUUACGUCCCCAGCUGACCGUGAAUCCCGAGGAACACGCGUAAAGGAUCGUGUCGCAGCCAGGAUUCAUCGCACCAGGCGGAAUGGUCGUCGCGUAUAUUCGUCACAUCGGCCGGAUUGCGUCAUUACGAAUCAAUUUUUUCCUCUGUGUCAUCGAGAUUGGAGGAGGACCCGCGGAACGAUAGGGGUAUACCUCGGCCGCCGACUGAGGAUGAGCAAAACCAUCAGAGUUUUAAUAGUGUUACUGUUAUCCGUGAUACCCUGGCCAGGACCGAGCGUGUUUAAAAUAUCAUGCCCCCGUGAUCGAGCGUCGGUGGUGAGGAGGAUCGUUCAGAAGAGAUGGAUGCCCAUUCUGAAGAAGUACCAAGUAGAGCUGCCGUUGGAGUGCCCGUUUCACGAGAGUCGCGACAUUUUUCGGCCUCAACAAAAGGCGAAGCACCAGCACAGACCGUCCCAAUGGACGUGCGGCCUGUGUGGCAAGUCCUUCUACGCGGAGAAACACUUGGAUGCCCACUUCGAUAACAGACACAAGAGUAACGUCAACACGGCGGAGGACGCGGUGUGCCUCGCGGACUACUGCGACAUCAUGAGAUGCGAUGUGCUGGGUAACCGGGAUUUCGAGAGUUCCCUGGUGGACGACGAGGCAGCCCACCACACCACGGACAUCCAAGUGUGGAAAGAAAAUACCGAGCAACGUUCCACCUCGGUGAUGCCGUGCGAGUCGCGAGGACUCUCCAGGUCGACGUAUCCGGUGGAGAAAUCCUGCACGAUGUCCGGGGGUGUGGCAGUCACCAACAUCCAACGAUACUGUCACCGAGAGGACAGCGGGGCGCUCGAGAAUCAUCGUCUACCUGGCACGGCGUACCACGUGGAGAUCGCUGGUCCCGACAACAAGAGCAACGCCUGCGACAACGAAGAGGAGGAGGAGGACGAGGAGGACGACGAAGACGACGAGGAGAACCUCGUGGAGGCGGCAUUGCCGGCCGUCGACAAGAAACAAAGGCGCAAAGGUCUGCACCUGAGGAAACUCAAGUCCAACUGCAAGCCGGAAGAGCUGCAGAAGCUGAAGCUGCAGUGCGAAAUAUUGGUUCGCGAUUGCAUCGCCGGACUACUGACGAACUUAUCCGUUCGAGAUUUCCAGGAGAUCGAAGGGGAAUUAAAUCGCGCGAUAUGCUGGUACCUUAGUUGCGACAGAUACUGGGAGGACACUAAAAGGCAACAAAGGCACACACCUUGGUACCUGUUGACCAUUUUUCUGGUCGUACUCUCCUCCUCCAUAUACGCUUGCUAUUAUGUCAUUUGGGUCCUGUUCAAUUCAGCGGAGGAAGACAGACUAGACGGGACCGGAAGUAUGGACUACACGGAUGGAGAUUACACGGCUACAUCACCGUUACACGAUCCGAGUGGUCUCGGGGAGAGUAGAUCAACCGACAGAAGAAAAGGCGAACCUGGGGACGAGAAUUUACCUAUUUCGAACGAGGACAUGCCUGAUCAUUACAUCUACGUAGCCUAUCCACCCGAGCUAAAGCGGCGAUUACUGGAGAGCUGCUACAACAGAACCACACGACUUUGAAUCGAAGACAUAGGGGAAAUACAGGCAAAAAUUCGAUCGAGAAAGCACGGACAGCUCGAUCCAUUCCACCAGUCGGUUCCAUGGCUGACUUCUCACACUUUUGUUUCUCCAAACCUUAAUCCUCGUGUUUUGUAUACCAACUGUGGGAAUAAAUUGCAAAAUGUACACGACAA